AUGGCCACCAUGAUGACAGACGGCGUCAACGCGGCUUCCUCUUCACGAGAAGGGACGCAAGUUGUGGCGGAAAUUGACCCGGAAACGGGCUACAUCACCAACAUUGACGACAUCAGAGAGGCAGAAUACCCUCAGCUGAAGGACACGACUUAUCUCGAUCACGCGGGGACUACACUAUACGCAAAGUCCUUGAUCCAGAAAUACGCCGAGGACCUCACGGGGAACUUGUUCGGCAAUCCACAUUCCGCCUCAGCGUCGUCGCAGUUAUCUUCUCGUCGAAUUGACGACGCUCGUCUCUCGGUCUUGCGCUUCUUCAAUGCUGACCCGGACAAAUUCGACUUGGUUUUCGUUCCCAAUGCGACGGCUGCCAUCAAGCUUGUCGGAGAUGCCUUCCGAGACCAUGAAUCCGGUUUCAAUUAUUAUUAUCAUUCAGAGUCUCAUACCAGUCUUGUCGGCGUGAGGGAACUGGCGACAGGGGAAACGGCCUGCUACAGCAAUGACGGAGAAGUGGACGCGUGGCUGGAAGGGUUGGAAAAUCAACCAUCAACCGUCAAAGACGAUCUAUCCCUUUUUGCCUAUCCCGCUCAAUCAAAUAUGACAGGCCGCCGGCUACCACUGGAAUGGAUUCAAAGGAUACGUGACGCCACCCAGAUUUCUGGCCAACACAUUUAUACACUUCUCGAUGCUGCCGCCCUGGUAUCAACAGCUCCGCUCGACUUUUCAAAUGACACAACUGCACCCGACUUUACCGCAUUGAGCUUCUACAAGAUUUUCGGCUUUCCGGAUCUGGGGGCUCUGAUCGUGCGCAGGUCCUCAGGCGGCGAUACUAUCCUCCGACGACGGAGGUAUUUUGGCGGAGGAACGGUAGACUCGGUCGCGAUGCUGGGCGAAGGCGAAAGCAACUGGCACGCGAAGAAAACGUCCCCCUCGUUGCACAGCAGUCUCGAGGACGGCACUGUGGCUUUCCACAGCAUCCUUGCAUUGCAGACGGCUCUGGACGUCCAUCGGAGUCUGUACGGGUCGAUGGAGAAUGUUUCGAAGCACGUGAAUUUCCUGGCUUCUACGCUCCGAGACCAGCUCCGCACCCUCCGCCAUGCAUCCAACGGGAGCAAGGUCUGCGUCAUCUACUCCGACGAUGAGCAUAAGCAUGUGGUUUCUUCUUCCGCACAACAAGGACCGACGAUUGCGUUCAAUCUGAAAGACAGCCGGGGGCGAUACAUCAGCAGCUCGGAGGUGGAGAAACUCGGCAUCGUCAAGAACAUCCAAUUCAGGACAGGCGGUCUCUGCAAUCCCGGCGGCAUCGCACGCGACCUGGGUCUUUCACCCGACGAGUUGCGGCAGAAUUAUGCCGAGGGCCAACGGUGUGGAGACGAGAACGACAUUAUAAACGGCAAACCCACGGGUGCGAUCCGGCUGAGUCUGGGGGCAAUGAGCAACAUGAGGGAUGUGGCGACCUUUGUCGAAUUUAUCAAAGAGUUUUACGUCGACCGCGGCAGAGCGAUACAGCCAGAAAGACAGCCAUCAGUGCUUGGCCCAACUCCGAGGCUACAAGGCUUUGUGGUAGAGAGCCUGUCGGUCUUCCCCAUCAAAAGUUGUGCAGCAUAUAGAGUCCCCUGCGAUAUGCUGUGGGAAGUGGGACCAAAAGGCCUUGCGUGGGAUCGAGAGUGGUGUCUGGUCCAUGAGGGCACCAACGUUGCGCUGAGCCAGAAGCGCUUCCCGAGGAUGGCACUCGUUCGGCCGGAGAUCGACCUGCAACGGAGCGUCCUUCGGGUCUCGUUCGUCCCCGAGUCUUCGCAGAACAAGAAGACGCUCGACCUCAGUUUGGACUCGGACCCUAUACGCGCCGGCACCAUUACUAAAUGCGAACGCACAACCAACAAAUCAUCCAAUGUAUGUGGCGAGAAUGUCCAAGUUCAUGUCUACACUUCUCCCGAAGUGGUGAAAUUCUUCACCGAAGCGUUAGGGGUGCCCUGUACGCUCGCGAGGUUUCCAAAUGACGGCACCGUCAGACAGGCAAAAGUGCGAGUACCUGGUGGGCAUCGUGGAAAACAAGCCACCGAGGUGGGAAAAUCAAUCGCUUUGUCCAACGAAAGCCCCAUCUUGCUUGUUUCUCGUUCCAGCGUGAAUCGUCUCAAUGAGCAAAUCAAGCAGAAUGGGGGCGUUGGCAGGGCUGUCACAGCUGACUCUUUCCGUGGGAACGUCGUCAUGGCCGAGGAACUUGAAGGAGGGCAAAUGGAAACGCCAUACAUCGAGGAUGAGUGGACGGGAGUACAAAUUGGAGACAAUCCCGCGAACGCUUUUGAAGUCCUGGGGCCCUGCCAACGAUGUCAAAUGGUUUGCGUGGACCAGAACAGCGCACAAAGGAGGCAAGAGCCUUUCAGUACCUUGGCCAAGACAAGGCGAAGGGAAGGCCGAGUUUGGUUUGGCAUGCACAUGUGUCUGAAGCCGGGCGGCAUGACGGAGGAUUUGUCUCGUUGGCCGUCUGUUAGCAUCAAGGUUGGAGAUCGGAUCACGCCAUGGACAGCAAACUGA